AUGAGUUAGUUUUUUUAGAAGGUUGAAUACAAUACAAAAAGAUAGGAGUUUUUGGUAAGAAAUAAUUAUAUUUUGGAUGCUGCAGAAGAAACUGAUGGAGAAAAUCUAUUAUUUAGAAAACUUAAGGAUGUAAUGAAUUCUUUUAGGAGCGAUGUAGAUAUGAAUUAUUAAACCCAAGUUUCAUAAUAAAGCAAUAGCCACUUAUAAAAAAAACUAUCUUAAACUAAUAAUGAGUUUAAGCGAUCUCAUCAACAAUUACCAAGUUAUAAAAAGAUCACAGCUAUUGAAAAAUCUCCAGGAUCUCCAGAUGAUAAAAUUUCGGUUAGUCAAUCUUUGAGUCAAUUUUACUAUAAACCAAAUAAUUUGAAGAAACGAAUAGGAUAAUAGAUGUCUUUGGUAGAGACUUCAAACACAUUUAGUACAAAAUAUUCAUUCCAUUCAGAAUGUUUUGGAUAGGGAUUGUAAGUAACAUCUAAAUAAGUGAAAUUAAUUUUAGAUUGCGAUAAAAGUAUUGCAUUCAUUAAGCCAUCUAUAUAUGGAAGUGGAUUGGCAAGAGAAUAAAGAGUAACCCUCGUUAUCAAAGUAUGCAGAAAUUCAAAUCAAAGAUACCCUAUGGCAGUAGGAAUUUGUGAUCAAUAAAAAUUAUAAGAAAAUAAUUUCGUUUUUACAGGAUCAGCUGAGCAUAUGCCAGGAUCAAAUAAUAAAGAUCAUGGAUGUUACCUACUUAAUUCAAAUGGAUAUAUUAGAUCAAUGACAGGAUCGGAUAUGAUCAGGAGUUCACCUAAUUUAAGAUUCUAUAGUAACUCUACUUUAGAAUUAACAUUCAAACCAUUUCACAAAUAAUUAAUAAUUAACAGAGAUUAAUAAGUGUAGACUACUAUACCUUUAGAAUUUUAUAAAGAUUAGAAACUUUUCUUUUGUGUAAGAUUAGCAGAUUUGCAUGAUUGUAUUGAAAUAUUAUGA